AGGCUGAGGCUCCCGGUGGAGGCCCAGUGGGUCCAGCCCCACCCAGUGCUGACCUCUCUCUGUCACACACCUGGCCGCCCCCUUUCCAAGAUGCUGUUUUGGCACAACCAGCUGGAGCACCUGUGGCCCAGUCCCGGGGAAUUGUACCCCGGGCCGCCAAGCAGCUUGCUCAGGGAGUCCCUGCCCUUGCCCUACCUGAAGCAGGAGGAGCUGCCCAACAUCCCCAGUAUGGAGCCUCCCUGCCCCUCAUUCCAGUACGUGCUCUGUGCUGCCACCUCACCCGCCGUGAAGCAGCAGGAGGAGGCCCUGACCUACCUGAACCAGGGCCAGUCCUAUGAGGUGCAGAUGCUCUGCAACUCCAAGCUGGGUGACGCCACCCAGUGGCCGCGGAUGCUGAAGAUGAGGAGACUGAGGCUCAGGGUCUCUAAAUUACCCCCCAGUUUCACAGAAUGGCAGAGUGUGGUGCGUGUGGUGUUCCAUGACCGGCGCCUGCAGUACACGGAGCAGCAGCAGCUGGAUGGGUGGAGAUGGAGCCGGCCUGGGGACCGCAUCCUGGACAUCGAUGUGCCAUUGUCCGUGGGGGUGAUAGAACCCCAGGUGCUGCCCUCACAGCUCAACACAGUGGAGUUUCACUGGGACCCAACCAAGAGGACCUCUCUCUUCCUGCAGGUUCACUGCAUCAGCACUGAGUUCACUCCUCGGAAAAAGGGUGGAGAGAAAGGCGUCCCCUUCCGCCUCCAGAUUGACACUUUCAAGCCCAGUGACAAGGGGCUUCCACCUGAACACCUACAUUCGGCCGGCUGCCUCAUCAAGGUGUUCAAGCCCAAAGGAGCUGACCGGAAACUGAAAACCGACCGGGAGAAGGUUGAGAAACAGCCCCUGCACGAGAGAGACAAGUAUCAGGCUGCCUGUGAGAGCACGGUCUUCGUGGAGUGUUCGCCAUGGCCAGAGCCCAGUGCAGAGCCCCACCUGCCUCUCAGCCCUCAGGCUCUGACCUCCCCCCACUCCUGCAAACUCCUGUCCCCGGAGCGGCUCUGCUGCUCACCACCAUUCAUCUUGGACACUUUGGGGGGCAGCCCAGCUGAGGAUCUGAACCCUGGAGCCUCCAUCCUGGAGACGCAGCAGUGGUUACAUCGCCACCGGUUCUCCAGCUACUGCCGGACACUAGCCAAUUUCACAGGCACCGAUCUGCUGAAGCUUACCCGGCAGGACCUUAUCCAGAUCUGCGGGGCUGCCGACGGGAUCCGCCUUUUCAAUACUCUUAGAGCCAGGCCCAUCCGUCACCGGCUGACUUUGUAUGUGGCUCAGGAGGCCUCUAGACAAGAGAAGGAGGUUCCUAAGAACCCGGCACUAGGUUUUUAUCAAGAGAUUUCUCUGGAUGAACUCAGCGCCAUUGAACUGAUGGGAAAACUGGCAGAGCUCUUGAACCUCCCAGCCAGUCAGAUCCACCGCCUCUUCCACCAGGGCCCUGGGGGUAUCCUCAUUCUCCUCAGCGACCAGGUGGUUCAGAAUCUUAAGGAUGAAUCGUACUUUGUGGCCGUGGUGAAAAAAGGUAGGAGUUUUAGAGGGAGACAACAGCUGUGUCAGAGACAGAGAUCGUAUAGCAAAAAGACAGCUAUUUAUUGCUCAGGAAAUACGUGACUGAAUAAAUGCAUUCUCGUAAGUGUAUUACCAUGGAAGGUAAGCCCCCCCGCCCCCUUCCCCAAACCCCACAAACUGCAACAAUCAAACGGAAGGGCAGGUGCUUGCUGACCAGUCAGCUGGUAGUCCUGGUUAUCUGGAUGCCUGCCCGGCCCCUCCUGUGAUGCUCCAGUGCACAGGGAGGCUUCCUAAAAAGGUGGAUUGGAGGUGAGGGGAAGAACACCUGGGUGUGGCAGAUGCGCUGCAGGCCGUUCAUUGUUGGGAGUGCAUCCUAGUGGUGGCUGGGGGCCAGCCUCACCCCAGUGGUGCCCUUUUUACUGCUUUCAGUGCAGAAUCCAGAUGGCUACUACCUGGUGCUGACCUAAGCCCAGGGACGCCCUGCUGCAAGAGGAAACUGAUGCCAGCCUGGUUCUCCAGAAAAUCCUCGAUGCUUCUCCAGGCUCCAGGUGAAGAGCCGAACCGUCCUGUAUCCCUCCCCUGGGGAGGCAGCAAGCAGCCCCCAGGCUCACAUUUCUUACUGCUCGGCAGCAAAUUAUUAGAACCUGGGACACAGCUUCCCAAGAUCAGCUAAACUGGCCAAGCCUUGGGAGGCAAGAAACCUGGCAAUAUGGAUGAGCUUUUGCACCAAGCAGUGCUGCUGAACGAGUGAAUUUGUGUUUAAAAUUCUACUCACCCCUUCCUUUUUUGCAAAUUAAUUUAAAAAGGUAUACUUAAUGCUUGUUCUAUUUUCUUGAUGAUAUGGUCCUCUCGAGAAUUGUCUUCUGCCUAAACUAUAGACUAGGGCAAGGGAUAGAGUCUGGGAUAGGAAUAAAUAAAUCUGGCUGGAUUUUUUUUUUUAAUUCCAAUUAGUUAGGGCAACAACUAUUCACUAAAGCCUCCGAAAGACCAUUCAACUAUCAAAUCGCUGUGCUUAUUCAAACUGCAGUUCUAGAGACUUGGGAAAUUCUGUUACUCUUCUUAAACACUGAGGCCAUGGGGUCUUAUUUUUAAAAUGCAGUUGAACUUAUUAAUCUUUUAAUUUUUAGGUCUUCCCCUAUAUUAAGGUCAUAAAUAUAAACAAACAUUUUCAAAGUCUAAAUUUUUGCAUUUCACUUUUAGGUCAAUCCACCGGAAACUGAUUUUUGUGUGUAUAUUUUUCCAUGCAGAAAACCGAUUUUAUAUUAAGUGCUUUUUAAAACGUGAUGUUAUUCUGCUUAUUUUUUUCUUUU